AUGUCCAACGAGUUGCCCGGCGAGGUCCUUCAUGCUCUAGGCCCACCCAUCGACUGGAAGUAUGAGAUGAGACGGGAAGCCCAGCAGAUCCUGCCGUCCAUCUAUCUCGGCCCUUAUCAAGCUAGCAUAGAUCUAGCCAGUCUCGAGAGGAACGGGAUCACCGACAUCUGCUGCAUAUUCGAGUCCAGAGAGGCUCACCUCUUCAAGCCCCGUUUUCCUGACCGAUUCCAAUACUUAACCCUGGAUAUUCGAGACGCAACGGACCAACAACUAAUAUCGAUCUUCCCAAAAGCGAAAGAGUUCAUAGACACCGCACUUCAGCGGAAUGGACGGGUGCUCAUUCAUUGUGGUGAUGGUCUUAGCCGCUCACCCGCAAUAAUGACGGCGUAUGUCAUGGCUAGUUACAAUGUGUCAUCUGAAGCAGCUUUCCACUUUGUUCAAUCACGGCGAUUUUGUGUCUCUCCGAACAUGGGCUUUCUGCAUCAACUAGACGCGUAUGAACCGAUCUGUCAGGCCACCCAUUCCAUGGCCCAACACUGCCAACCGAGCUCGGAGCGACCCAGCAUACGGCGCAAACGGUCCGACAUUGAAGAUGCCGACUCUCAGACAUCGUCAAGACCAGCUCCCGGAAUCGAUGUCGAAGCACAACAGCAACUUCCCACCUGGGGUACCAACCUACGCUAG